CACAAAAUCUAGUCCAAGGAAGCUUGGGGUAAAACAUGGCAGUCCAGCAAGAGAAGGUUUAUGUUGCUGUUGGGAAGGAUUUACAUCAAGGACUUGGAACUUUAGGGUGGGCUCUUAGGAACUGGUCUUCUCAAUCCGUUUCCUUUGUCAUCCUGCAUGUUAGCCAUGUCUCCAAGGAUUUCGUAUACACCUCAUUUGGGACGCUUCCAAUUAGUGCAGUGAAUGAUGAGAUGUUGGAGGUUUUUAGAACGAUGGAACAAGAUAGAGUAGACAAGCUCUUGGGCAAAUACAUGGCCUUUUGUAACAAAGUGAAAGCAGAAGUACUGAAGAUCGAGAGAUCUGAUGAAAGCAUCCAUAACACCAUCAUUGAGUUGAUAUCUAGUCUUCAUAUCAGAAAAUUGGCCAUGGGCAUCACAUUCACAAAAUCUUUGACACGGAAAGUGAAGGAUGAAACUAGUAUCCCAUAUUAUGUUCACAAGCACAAGCCGGAGUUUUGCGAUAUAUUCAUGGUAUGUGGAGGGAAGCUGGUUUUCCUUAGAGAAGAGAGAGAUGAAGGAGACUACUUUGAAGAUGAACAAGGAAUGAUGGUUGCAGAUCUCAGGAAGAAGUCCAAGGAAAAGUGCUGUAUUAAGGGGUGGCUGGGCAAGAUAUUAAUUGAUAGCAGUCUGUGUUGCACCGACCAUGGAUCUUCUCGUCAUUUUUCCUUGCCUCCUAACAUGCCAGAAGAAACUAGUAGAUGGGAAGAUCAUUGUGAAGAAAUCGAGAAUCAUAUCCAAUGGCUGCUAUCAUCAAACCCAGAAGGGUGGUUGGAGGAAGAGGAUAAAACCCUAUCACUUGGCUCCAUGGACCAGCCCAAGCUGGAGACUACGGUUUCUGACUUGCAGCCAAAGGGAAUUGAGGCCUUGAAAGCCAAGGUUGAGGAAGCUAAGAAGAUGGCGGAGGAGAAGAAGAUUGAAAUAAAAGCCGACGUUGAGAGACGGGGAAAAGCUGAACGGUUUACCUCUCUCUGUAAUCAAUGGGUUGAGGAGAUUGAAGCCAGCCUGAAAGAAGAAAUAGCCAAGCAAGCCAAGUUGAAGGAAGAGAUGGACAAAGUGAAAGACCAGGCAACAAAAGUCGCCGAUGAGGUCGCCGAGAAAGCUAGUACGUUAGAAUCGGUGCUCGGCCUUAACAAGGAUCUCACGAUGCAACUCGAGGCGUCCUCGUGGGAGAAGUCGCAGAUGGAGGCUAGAUUGCAGAAGGCGGUGUGCGCGAAGAAUGAGAUGGCUCGACAGGUGGAGGAGAUUCGCCGCCAAAGAGACAUGCUGUUUCAAAAGAUCAAGUAUUACAUGCAGAGAGAGGCGGUUGCAGCAGCCGAUGGUUCGAGCUGUGGUUACAGGGAGUUCACCGCCCGCGAGGUGAGGGACGCAACCGACGACUUCUCGGAGUGCAUGAUGACCUAUGCUGACACAGAGGGCACGCUUUACAGGGGAGUAAUUGGCCAUAUCACUGUGGCAAUUCAGUUCAAGACUGAGUUCAGUUUGCAGUCACCAGAUGGGUUCAAGGCCCAGAUGGAGUGGCUCUGCAAGAUCCGGCACCCCAACGUGAUCGCCAUGAUCGGCGCCUGCGUGGACCACCGGUGCAUCGUAUUCGAAUACAUGGAGGGUGGCACCCUCCACGACGCCCUAUUCUCAGCCUCCCUCUCCCGCCGUCCCACCGAAUCCGUUCUCCUCCCCUGGCACGCCCGCAUCCGCAUCGCCGCCGAGGUCGCCUCCGCCCUCGGCUUCCUCCACUCCUCUCGCCCCCACACCGCCGCCCAUGGCCGCCUCAGCUCCUCCCUGGUUUUCCUCGACCGCCACCUCUCCGCCAAGAUCGCCGGCCUCCGCCGCUCCUCCUCCUCCGCCGCCGCCGCCGCCGCCGACGUCGCUGCCCUCGGCGCGCUGGUCCUCCAGCUCCUCACCGGCAGGGAGGCUGCCGCCGGCGAGGAGGUGAGGCGGGCGAUAGGAAGGGGGAAUCUGAUGGGGAUCUUGGAUCGGACGGCCGGGGAUUGGCCGCUGGACCUCGCGGCGGACUUCGCGUGGGUUGGGCUGCGGUGUGCUGCGACGUCGGAGAAGGAUGGGGACAACGAAGAAGGCCAAUGGACGGCUGGGAUGGUGAGGGCACUGGAAGAUCUGAAGAAAAGGGCGGAGGAGAGGAGGCAGAUGAGGAUGGGUGAAGGACACCAGAAGAAGGAACAGGAGAUGCCCAAUGCGUUCCUUUGUCCCAUCUUACAGGUAUGCGAGUUACGGCGAGAUCUCUAAAGGAGAUGAUUCAGAAGAAGAAGAUCAAGGCGGCAUCUGGAUCUAGCGAUUCAUCUCGGCCACCAAAGAAGUUGAGAGAGGAGUCUCCUUCUCAGGUAUCGAGAAGUAUGCAGCCGCCAUCGUCGCUUCGAGUACCAUCACCAUCACCUCGAGUUCCACCGAAGCACUCAUCUUCGCCACCUUCCAUCGAAGUCAUCACGGUUGCGGCUUCUCCCUCGACCAAUGACGAUGUGGUGGUCAUCAAAGUGCCGGCAAGGUCGGCGGAAGCGGUCCCAGUCCUUUCGAUCCAAGCCAGAUUCGGAAGAAGCCACGAAGGUGCCGACAAGGGUAAGGCAUCGAUGCUUCCCCGUUUCACUGUCCGGACUAUGAUCCAGACAUGCCUUCAAGGGAGUCGAUAAUCACAAUUGGGAUGGUGCUUCAAAGCACCGAUUAGGUGCUUCAAGACUGCCGACUUGUCGAGGAGUUGGCAAGAAUGAUUAUGCUUCAUGUGGACUGGGAAGUCAGAAAGGCACACCCAAUCUUGGAGAUCCAGUCGGACGCUUACUUGUCGUUGAUCAGGGUAAGCGUCCAACCUUUCCUUAUUCAGUUUCUUUCUGAAUUAUUUUUAGCCGAGUAGAUGACUUAGCCAUUUCUUUUUUGUUUUGCAGAUGAUCCACGACAUUACAGUAUUGUUGGAAGGGUUGAUCAAAUCUGCUCAGAUCAACCACAACUUGGAGGACCAUGCCCAAACCACUCGUGCACGGACCGAGGUCUCCGACAAGCUCCUUCGAGCCAUUGAAGAGUAAGAGAGGAAGAGCAGAGAGAAGAUAUCUCUGUUGGAGGUCGAGUUGGCAAAUUCGGCGACCCAGCAGAGGAAAAAGAAGGAGGAGUUCGAGAGGUGGAAGGCCGACUAUCAGAAGGAGAUGGAUUUGACUGAGAGCGCCCUCACCGAGGAGAAGGAAAGGGUGCUAAAGGCUAAGAGGGCUGCCAAAGAGGUUGAGAAGACCGCCAUCGAACUUUAAGAAAAAUUGACGACGAUAAAAACUCGAGCCCAAGAAGUUGCUUCUCGGACACUGGCCGAGUUUCACGAUUCCAAGGAGUAUGAGGAUGAUCUCGCUGAUGCCCGUGCGGACGCAUUCCAGCUUGGGUUCGCGAAAUACAAGAAGCAAGUUUGCCAUCUCAUGCCCAAAGUAGACUUGAGCUCUAUACAACCCGACAAAGAAUUCAUGCGAUGAGGAAGCAGAGGCCGA